CCCAGGGAUGCGCUUAAAAGGCGGUGGCGGUGGCGGCAGCGCCUGGCGCCCCAGCUCACCUCGGCCAUGAGCAGCGCGGCCGGCCCAGACCCGUCGGAGGCGCCCGAGGAGCGGCGUUUCCUCAGCACCGCGGAGGCAGCCGCCCUGGAGAGGGAGCUGCUGGAAGAUUAUCGCUUUGGGCGGCAGCAGCUCGUGGAGCUGUGCGGUCAUGCUAGUGCCGUGGCCGUGACCAAGGCGUUCCCGUUGCCCGCUCUCUCCCGGAAGCAGAGAACGGUGCUGGUUGUGUGCGGCCCGGAGCAGAAUGGGGCGGUGGGGCUCGUCUGUGCCCGGCACCUGCGAGUGUUUGAGUACGAACCCACCAUCUUCUACCCCACGCGCUCGCUGGACCUGCUGCAUCGGGACCUGACCACCCAGUGUGAGAAGAUGGACAUCCCCUUCCUCAGCUACCUGCCCACCGAGGUGCAGCUCAUUAACGAAGCCUACGGGCUGGUGGUGGACGCUGUGCUGGGCCCCGGCGUGGAGCCACGUGAGGUCGGGGGCCCCUGCACCCGUGCGCUGGCCACGCUCAAGCUGCUGUCCAUCCCCCUCGUGAGCCUGGACAUCCCUUCAGGCUGGGACGCAGAGACUGGCAGCGACUCAGAGGACGGGCUGAGGCCCGACGUGCUGGUGUCGCUGGCGGCGCCCAAACGCUGCGCUGGCCGCUUCUCCGGGCGCCACCACUUCGUGGCCGGCAGGUUCGUGCCCGACGACGUGCUCCGAAAGUUCGCUCUGCGUCUGCCGGGAUACACGGGCACCGACUGCGUCGCGGCACUGUGACCGCCGCCCGCGCCCACGCCGCUGGGACCCGUGCCAAUAAACAGCCCUCCCACCACCA